CUCGAGCGUUCUCUUCAGCAACCGGUCAGCCGCCCAUGCAGCCAUGAAGAACUUUCAGCAGGCUUUGCACGAUGGCAGGAAGGCGCUGCAGCUGCAGCCGCGGUGGGCCAAGGCGUACUCACGCAUUGCAGUGGCGCAUUAUGGGAUGAAACACACCGUGUGCAAGCAAGGCCUGCAACAGGCACGGGAGAGGUGGCAGCAGGAGGAUGAGAAAGAGGCCAAGACCGGGAAGCACACGUUUCGCAAGCGGAAAGCAGCAGAGGGAGGCACGAAAGGGGAGGGGAAGGAGGGAGAUGCACCGAGUGGGAGGAACCAAAAGAAGGCGAGUGGAGGGCAGGGGACAACACAAAAAGGGGCUGGCUCACUGCUUUCCUUCGACGACGAGGCUGAGUUUGAAUAG